GAAAGUUAAAGUUAAAUAGACAACCAAUCACCUCGCAGAAUUUUCAACAUUUCGGUGCUGCUAAAUUUGAAUCAUAGGUCCGUGCAAGAACUGGUGGCUCGCUCCUUUAGAUAGAAGUGUAUGUUGUACUCAAGAUUUACAGAUUUGUGAUGGCUAGUACAGUUGUCAAAGAUGAUGGGCGCCCGAAAGAAACAAUACCCGAAAUUCUACAUGAUCCAGGGACUGGAAAGCGAUAUUUACGUGGACGAUUUCUUGGCAAGGGUGGAUUUGCAAAAUGCUACGAACUAACAGAUAUGGAUACAAAGGAGCUUUGGGCAGGAAAGAUUGUUCCAAAGUCUCUACUUGUAAAACAGCACCAGAAGGAUAAGAUGGCCCAAGAAAUCGCUAUUCAUCGAAGUGUGGCUCAUAGGCACAUUGUUCAGUUUCACACAUUUUUUGAAGACAGUGAGAAUGUUUAUAUCUUACUGGAGCUGUGCAGAAGAAGGUCCUUGAUGGAACUUCACAAGCGUAGGAAGGCUGUCACAGAGCCUGAGGCCCGUUACUUUUCCCUUCAGAUUAUAGAAGCCUGUCAGUAUCUUCACAAUAAUAAAGUUAUUCAUAGAGACCUGAAACUUGGAAAUCUUUUCCUCAAUGAUGAGAUGGAGUUGAAGAUAGGAGACUUUGGGCUGGCCACAAAACUGGAUUAUGAAGGAGAAAGGAAAAAAACUUUGUGUGGAACUCCUAACUAUAUUGCUCCUGAGGUUCUUGGAAAGAAAGGUCACAGUUACGAAGUGGAUGUCUGGUCACUAGGAUGUAUUGUAUUUACUUUGUUGGUGGGUAAACCUCCCUUUGAAACAUCAUGCCUCAAGGAUACAUACAUGCGCAUUAAAAAGAAUGAAUACCAUAUACCACCCAAAGUAAGCAUACCUGCCAGGAAUCUCAUCAAUCGAUUGCUUCGUCCCAAUCCAACAGAGCGACCUAACAUGGACCAGAUAAUUGAAGAUCCAUUCUUUACAUCUGGUUAUCUCCCACCUCGCUUGCCCACAUCUUGCUUGACCAUGGUGCCUAGAUUUGAUGGAUUAAUUAAGCAAUCAUUGGAUGCCUCUGAUAUGGUGGUUCUUGGAAUGUCCAGAAAACCUUUGUUAGAUGUGAACGAAGGUCAAAGGCCAUUCACAGCUGAGCCAAUGAAGCGAGAUGAGAGAAAGAAUGAUAGAGGAGCAGGGGAACCUGAUCUUGAAGGCCGUGCAGAGGCUGGAAGGAAAACUGAAGAAGAACCCAGGGAUUAUUAUCUCUCUGAUCUCUGUGGUCAACUUUCUGCUGUUGUUGCUUCUAAGCCUGGAGAAAGAGUGAAUCCCCAAUUAGAUGAGUGUGAGGACCCUGCAGCCAUUCCUAUCUACUGGAUAAGUAAAUGGGUGGAUUACUCAGACAAAUAUGGCCUGGGCUACCAGCUGUGUGAUAACAGUGUUGGUGUGCUGUAUAAUGACUCCACAAGAAUGACAUUACUUUCUAAUGGAGAUAACAUUCACUACAUUGAGAGAAAUGGGGAGGAACAUUAUCACACCAUUCGUCAGUUCCCUGAAACUUUAAGCAAAAAAGUCACAUUGUUGAAAUAUUUCAGAAAUUAUAUGAAUGAACAUUUACUAAAAGCUGGUGCAAACAUGACACCUCGAGAUUCCGAUGAAAUGAUCAGAUUGCCUUUCUUAAGGACAUGGUUUCGAACAAGAAAUGCCAUUGUUCUGCACCUGAGUAAUGGUACAUUGCAGAUCAACUUUUUCCAAGAUCACACCAAAGUCAUUGUGUGUCCCUUGAUGGCAGCAGUUACAUACAUUGAUGAGAAGAGGGAGUUCCGCACAUAUCGACUGAAUCUUAUAGAAAAAUAUGGCUGUUCAAGGGACUUGGCCAGCCGCCUGCGCUAUGCCCGCACAAUGGUUGAAAGGCUGAUCAAUUCCAAGUCAGCUAGUAGCUCUAACAGGGCCAAGUCUGCCGCUUCAUAGGACAGAUGUGUUAUUUAUUUUGCAACAUUGAAUCCUCACCCCUGCUCUUGUUUGGAGAAGUUAAAGUGUUCAGUAAACUAUACAACAGUUAGAUGUUUGUAAAGACAUGUAGUAGACUAGUAGAUACCACUGUGACCUGUUGUGAAAGAACUUGUAUAUGGCUUUCCUAAUUUGGGGCAUUGUUAUUUUUUUUAUUUUUUUUUUCAUUCAAAAAAUGUUUUGUUUUGAAGGAGCAUUCAGGAUUUGUACAUUUUAUUUUCCACUCUGAAGUUUCUAGUGGAAUAUUUGUUUUCCUUUUGUGUGAGUCAAGACUUUCUUGAAAGUUUUGUUGAAGGUAAGGAAGCUGAAAGCUAAAGCUUCACUUGGACAAUUUUAAACGUGAAUGCAUUUUUUUUUCUUUUGUGAUGGUCAUAAACGUACCCACGUUCUUAAUGAAUUGUAAAGGGGUCAUUGACCCAUGUACUUAAUGAUUUGUAAAGGGGUCAUUGUUAAACAGCCCUGACAUUUGCUCCACAGAGGCCAUUCAACUUGUAAUUGUAAGAUAUCUGUGUGGGCUCUUUGGUGAAUUCUGUUUUAUUUGAUAUCUUGUUUCUUUUGAAAACCUUAAAGAUUAUGUCUUCAUUCAUAGAAUGAAAAACUUUGUGUUCCUUAUUUCUCUUUAAAGCUUGAUUUUUUUUUCUAGGGGUUAACAUUACACAUUUUUUUUUUAUAAUUUAUAAUAUUUGCCCGAACUUAAAUUACACAAUUCUCUGCGUUUUCAUGCACUACUUUCCCCAAAAUAAAUUUUCUCACACUUUCUGUGGUAAUUUUCAGAAUUUCCAUAUUGUCCAUAUUAUUUGUUGGUGUUGGCUUGUAGUGAAUUUAGGUUUAUGCUCACUACAUUUGACAUGGAUAUUUCUAGGAGCAGAAAUCUGGCCUUUUUGAUUGCCAUUAUUUAUUUAAUUCCUUGAGUUAUCUUGUUUUUCCUGGAUUAGUCAAAUUUAUAGGUCUCUUGCUUUGUUUUUGUUUCAGUGAUUUUGAUUUUAUUGCAUUGUUUCCUAAUCAUCUACAUGUGUUCAAUAACAAAUUAAAAGAAAAAAUCUUUCAAGAAUCAGAGCCUUGAAUUAUGUUAAAGUGUUAAAAUAGUCUUGUUUUUAUGUUUAAAAGUAAGCAACAUAUAUGCUAUCAAACAAUUUGUUGGGCUUUUCAUCCCUUUUUUUUUUAUGGAAGCAGAUUUAUUUCAAUUGAAUACUUUUAAAUGAACUUUAAAAAAAAAAGUAUUAAUGUUCUAAUUGGCUGGGAAUGUUUGCUGUGGAAAAUAUUAGUUAACUAGACUUGUGUGACCAUUGCAAGGUUUUAAGUAACUGUGAUUUUUUUUUUUAGCUCUUUGACAAGGGGCUUUCAAUCAUUCUUAAUCUCAACUAGGUUUCAAGUGAGUAUUGUAUUAUCUCACUAAAUAUUUCAAGUGCAGCGUUUCAUUGCACAAAGUGCUGCCCACAUUUCUAUUUGACAUUCAUGUAGGCUUUUUAUGCAAGUAUGCACCCCCAAUAACCUGUAAAUAUGUUUGAAAUUAACUAUCUAUGGACUUUGUUUGGAUUAUCUAAUCAUCAUUUGUAGUUACCAUGUUUUGUAUUCAACAUUUGAAUUUGUACUACAUCCCAGACUUGCUAAGUCCACCGUUGCAAACCAAAGUCUUAAAAGAAUCAUUCUGGUAAAUGUCAGCAGGUUAAGCAGUGUGCAUUAAUUGGUGUCAGAAGUAAGCAAAUUGAAAGAAAGCUUAAGUAGAGUGUAUAAUGUAGUUUAAAUUAGUUGCUAUACCUGUGCAAACAUUUGCUAGAAUUUUGUAUGCAGUUAGCAAGUCUGGUAUGUUUUGUUUACUUGUGUCUGAAGUGUGGUGGGUUAUUGGUAGACUGGCAAACAUUUGCUAGAAUUUUGUAUGCAGUUAGCAAGUCUGGUAUGUUUUGUUUACUUGUGUCUGAAGUGUGGUGGGUUAUUGGUAGACUGGACCCGUGAAUGUAUUUUCUAAAUGUAGCUAGUUCAGAAUGGCUAACUACAGUUGCAUUGGCUGCCUAUUUUAUAUCAUAGUAAAUUGAGAAUGGAAGGCAAAGUAUUUGUCUCAUUUUGUUCUCACAUCCCAUAUGAUGCUCUAAUGGAACUCUGUAGUGGGUGCAUUUGUUAUUGUCCAGACAUGAGAAUGAAGACUGGAUGAAAUCAUGUGAGUGCUUUCAUUGAUCUAGUUUCUGGCCUUCACCAGUGGACACACAGCUGGACAUAGUUUUGAGGUAUGAGGUCAGCAAUAAACAUUGAUUGGACCAAAGAAA